AACUGUCGUUUUUGUGCAGAAAUGUCUUCGACUCUCUGCAGCACCAAGCCAAGCCCUUAUGCAAAUAGAAAACAGAAGAUAGAUCCAUAGAACCCUAUCGCUCACUAUCAGGGUUCAUCAUUCCCUAUUCUCCUCAAUUUCAAUUACAUUCUCAAUUUGUGAUUACGCUAAUCAAACUCAUCGAAAAUAAUACCUUGACUCGAUCGAUUAUCAUUUUUUCGAGCAAAGUGCAAAAAGAUCACAUGAAAUUCUCGGCGACAACGACCUCUAUUUUCUUGAUUUCUUUGCUUUUGAGCGCUUCUCUAAAUUCCGUCAAUGGAGAAGAAACCAAGAAGAAUAAAUUUCGGGAGCGAGAGGCCAGCGACGACGCCCUCGGUUACCCUGAUAUAGAUGAGGAUGCAUUAUUGAAUACUCAGUGCCCUAAAAAUUUGGAGCUUAGAUGGCAGACGGAAGUUAGCUCUAGUAUUUAUGCUUCUCCUUUGAUCGCUGAUAUUAACAGUGAUGGCAAACUUGAUAUAGUAGUGCCUUCUUUUGUUCACUACCUUGAAGUUCUAGAAGGCUCUGAUGGAGACAAAAUGCCUGGUUGGCCUGCUUUCCACCAGUCAACUGUGCACGCCAGUCCUCUUCUAUAUGACAUUGACAAGGAUGGUGUGAGAGAAAUUGCAUUGGCUACCUACAACGGUGAAGUUCUCUUUUUCAGGGUGUCAGGCUACAUGAUGACAGAGAAACUGGUUGUACCUCGUAGGAGUGUUAAAAAAGAUUGGCAUGUAGGUUUAAAUCCUGACCCUGUGGAUCGUUCUCAUCCAGAUGUUCAUGAUGAGCAACUUAUAUCAGAAGCUGCUGGGAAGAAACCAGUGUCUCAAGCAGCAGAAAGUACUCCAGAAAUUAAAACUAAAGUUUCCGAGUCAAUAGAAAGUCACCUUCCACCGCCAAAUGUCUCAGUUCCUCUGAAUGAGAAGAAAAUAAAAGAGAGUCAGAUGGAGCCAAUCAUCUCAGUGCCCACAAAUACUGCGUUAGUUGGAACCAAUAAUACUGAGAAUGGAACAAAUACUGGGAGACGACUUCUAGAAGAUGAUAACUCCAAGGAGUCUCAGGAAAGUAGUUCAGAUUCCAAAGAGAAUAACAAUGAGGAUGAUCAUGCGGCAACUGUGGAAAAUGAUGAAGGUUUGGAUGCAGAUGCGGAUACCUCUUUUGAGUUAUUCCGUGAUAAUGAGGAGCUGGGUGAUGAAUAUAGUUAUGACUAUGAUGAUUAUGUCGAUGAAUCCUUGUGGGGAGGAGAGGAGUGGACUGAAGAACAACAUGAGAAAUCGGAGGAUUAUGUGAACAUAGAUUCGCACAUCCUGUGCACCCCUAUCAUAGAAGAUAUUGAUAACGAUGGGAUUUCAGAAAUGAUUGUUGCUGUUUCAUAUUUCUUUGAUCACGAGUAUUAUGACAAUCCAGAACAUUUGAAAGAACUGGGUGGCAUUGAUAUUGGAAAAUAUGUUGCCGGUUCUAUCGUUGUAUUUAACCUUGAUACAAAGCAAGUUAAGUGGACUCGAGAAUUGGAUCUAAGUACAGAUACUUCAACCUUCCGUGCGUAUAUAUAUUCUUCUCCCACAGUUAUUGAUUUGGAUGGAGAUGGGAAUUUGGACAUUGUCGUUGGAACCUCAUUUGGCUUAUUCUAUGUGCUUGAUCAUCAUGGAAAUAUUAGAGAAAAAUUUCCUCUUGAAAUGGCUGAAAUUCAAGGGGCUGUAGUUGCAGCCGAUAUCAAUGAUGAUGGGAAAAUAGAACUAGUGACUACUGAUAUACAUGGAAAUGUUGCUGCAUGGACUUCACAAGGAAAAGAAAUUUGGGAGAGGCAUCUCAAGAGCCUUGUUUCCCAGGGGCCAACUGUAGGUGAUGUUGAUGGGGAUGGCCAUACUGAUGUUGUAGUUCCAACAUUAUCAGGGAACAUAUAUGUUCUUAGUGGCAAGGAUGGUUCAAAUGUUCGGCCAUACCCUUACAGAACUCAUGGGAGGGUGAUGAAUCAAGUUCUUCUUCUUGAUUUAAGUAAACGUGGGGAAAAAAGCAAGGGACUUAGCCUUGUGACAACAUCAUUUGAUGGAUACCUGUACCUUAUAGAUGGGCCUACAUCUUGCGCUGAUGUGGUUGAUAUUGGUGAAACAUCAUAUAGCAUGGUCUUGGCAGACAAUGUUGAUGGCGGAGAUGACCUUGAUCUUGUUGUCACGACAAUGAAUGGAAAUGUCUUUUGCUUCUCAACUCCAGUUCCGCAUCAUCCCCUUAAGGCCUGGAGAUCAGCCAAUCAAGGAAGAAACAAUGUUGCAAACCGCUUCAAUCGUGAAGGGAUCUAUGUUACACCUUCCUCAAGAGCUUUUCGUGAUGAGGAGGGGAAGUACUUCUGGGUGGAGAUUGAUAUUGUUGAUAAAUACAGAUUUCCUUCUGGCUCUCAAGCACCUUAUAAAGUCACUACAAGCUUAUUAGUUCCAGGUAAUUACCAAGGUGAGAGAACGAUGAAGCAAAACCAAACCUUCAAUCAGCCAGGAAGAUAUCGCAUAAAACUUCCGACAGUUGGAGUAAGGACUACAGGGACUGUACUGGUAGAAAUGGUUGACAAGAAUGGGCUGUAUUUCUCAGAUGAGUUCUCCCUCACAUUCCAUAUGUAUUACUAUAAACUGCUCAAGUGGCUCCUUGUCCUCCCAAUGAUUGGGAUGUUUGGUGUUCUAGUUAUUCUUCGCCCGCAAGAGGCUAUGCCUUUACCAUCAUUUUCACGGAACACUGACCUGUGAAUAUAUCCUCCUCCUGUGUCAACCUGUCAUGUAUGCCAAAGUUGACUGAAGUUUGAUAGAUAGUUUUCAGAUGAACUAAUGUCGGGAACUUCAGGCGGCAAGAGAAAAGAUCGGGUCUCAAUAGAAGUUUUUGGCCACAUACUUAAAGUGGAUCUUUGACUAUCCUGAAGAUCAACAGAAUUUGAUUUUUGGACUGUGUAAGAUCGGAAUUUGUAUCAUACUUGAAUUUGAGUAGGUGGAUUGAAAUUCUUAUACCAAAAGAGGGAGGGAAAUCAAUUUUUCCUUCCUAAAUCAGAUGUUAGUUUUGAAUACUCGGUUCACAAAUUCUUUUAGAUACGAGAUGACGAAAUAGAGACAAUCUUUGGAGCUGCAUAAGAUGAUGAAAUAGAUACGUCUAUUAGCUGUGCAAGUGUUUAGUUAAUCGCAUUGCUUGA